AGGGACUCAUCAGGAUACUCACGUCUCAAACCCUUCAGGGCUUGACCUCAUCAUACUACUCACACUACACCUUCAUCAACGUCUGCCUCUUGGGCAUCUCUGCUACUCUCAGCCGUCGGCCGUCCAGGCUGCUUCGGGACAUCGCUUGCUUAGCGCACGCAGCACCGACAUCCCCCCUCUUCCAGCCGCUCGUCCCUCUGCCUUGCGCCUUCGCUGUCAUUGGAGCAUUCAUCUUGGGCCUGUGCUCGUAAUCGACCCAUCCACGGCCACCAGGAACUUCAUAAACACCAUCGACAAUGCCUCCUGCGUCCAGCACUGCUGGAGCGAGGCGCGUACCUGCGGGCGAGCCUGCUGCUACUCGUACGACGCGUCUGAGGGCGAAGAACGCGACUGGAUCGUCGGCUGCGGCGGGAGGAGAAGUCGGAAGCAGCAAAGUGGCUGGCAAGGCACCCAGCAAAACGGAUGGAGCUGCCACUGGCGCUACCAAUGGCGCAGGUGCUAACGUGCUUGGAACGCGUAAACGCUCAGCCUUGGGUGACGUGACCAACGCCAACGCUGCCAGGGCCAAGGCUCCGAGCAACGUGGCGGACGGCAAGCAACGCGCAACAUCUUCCAACACUGGACUCAAAGAGACGUCGACGGCUGCUGCCACCACGGCGCGGUCUAGGAGUGCGAUGGCUCCGACGACGUCCACUACAGCCCCUGCCAGGCCAGCCAGAGGCGCAUCGACCGCAGCUACCGGCGCUACGCGCCUUGCAGGCUCACGCGCAGGCUCGUCGAGGAUCGCAGCACCUUCAGGAAAUGCAACCCGAAAGACCACGGCGACGGACUCGAGAAAAGGAGACAGCGCCGCCGCAUCCAAUCAGGAUGCUACCGCACGUGCAGCCAAACGCCCACGUGUCGAUGAGGUCUCCGCCGCCGCCGCCAAAGCUUCUGCUGAAGCUGCAGACGCUGGUUUACCCAUCACACACGCAGAGGACAAGGAUGAAGGCUGGGAAGACCUCGAUGCUGAAGAUGUUGACGACCCUCUUAUGGUUGCCGAGUAUGUCAACGAAAUCUUUGUAUAUAUGAAGCAGUUGGAGAUCAAUUGCAUGCCCAGCCCAGACUACAUGGACUCACAGCGGGACUUGACUUGGAAGAUGCGCGGCGUCCUCGUCGACUGGCUCAUCGACGUGCACAAGAAGUUCCGAUUGUUGCCAGAGACUCUCUUCUUGGGCCUCAACAUCGUCGACAGAUUCUUGUCCAAACGUAUCAUCAACGUAAGCAAACUGCAACUGGUUGGGCUCACGGCGAUGUUCGUCGCCUCCAAGUACGAAGAGGUUCUGUGCCCCUCGGUCAGCAACUGGGUCUACAUCGCAGAAGGCGGCUACUCUGAGGAUGAAAUUCUUCGUGCUGAGCAGUACAUGCUGAAGAUUCUUGGAUUCAACCUCAGCUACGCCAAUCCGAUGAACUUCCUGCGACGCAUCUCCAAGGCGGACAAUUACGACAUUCAAACGCGAACAGUGGCCAAGUACUUCAUGGAAAUUUCUCUGGUCGACCACCGUCUAAUUGCGUCGCCACCGUCGCUCGUCGCGGCGGCGUCGGCGUGGCUCGCACGCAAGUGUCUGGACCGAGGUGACUGGACACCAACGUUGGUACACUACUCGUCGUAUUCCGAGGCAGAGCUGUUGUCGACAGCGGAAGUGAUGCUCGACUACUGCUUGCGUCCGGUCAUUCAUCAAAGCCUCUUCAAGAAGUACGGCAGCUCCAAGUUCAUGAAGGCUUCUGUAUACGUCCGCAAUUGGGCCGUCGACUGCUUUGGUGUAUUCUACGACGAGGACGACGAGAUGAGCGAGAUUGACGAGAACGACGACUUGCUGGUUGACUUGUUCGAGUUUCAGGGGUACGAUCCUUCCGAAGCCGUUCUUCAACCAAGCACCUCGAGGAAGACGACGCCGCUGAUUACUCACUCUCGCGCGACGUCAGGCGCUACCCAGUCUGACGCUGCUGGCAGCGUGCUCAACGACAGCCAAAAGGCCAAUGGGACCACUGCAGCUGGUGCGGCUCACUCGCCACCUCAAGACGUGAGCGGCGACUUCAACCGACAAAAGGCGGAGGCGGCGGACACUGAUGAAAUGGUUGCUGAUGACAGUGUAGACCACCUUCAACAAUUGACUGGCCAGCGUGCUUAUUGAGCGUCCCAUGAAGCAGGAGAUCGUCCGACUAUCAAGGCCUGUGCGCUGGCGUUCCACCAUUUACCCACCACGGCAUUUCAUCCUUUGCGCGCUCAUUUCCACGGAGCGGGACAAUUCUCCUCGCAAAAACGCAGAUCAGAAUCAUCGCAUCCAUCCAUGGCACGCGCAUUUUUCAUGACCACCCAUGCAGCCAAGUCUUCCUCUUCAUACACCGCCUCUCCCCCUUUCGAGCUCACCUCCACAACACACCUCACAAUCAAUGUAGUACAUCUCAUCUCUCCGGUUAGAUUACGACCAACAUUUUUCGCCAUCUUCCCACAUCGCGGUUUCCUCAGCAGAUGACCAUACCGAGGCAAUACAGAUGACCUUCCGAGA